AAUAAAUAAAUACUCCACAGAGACCCAGCACUUCUAAGGAUAGUUUAUAUUAUGAGAUUUUAGAAGAUGCAGGUGUAGGUUUUUUUUUUAUUAUUAUUAUUAAUUUGGAUAUUAAUUCACAAAUGUUCCCAACAAGUUACAACUGAGAUUUGCUUUUUAUCAACAUGCAAGACUACAAAAAGGGGCUUUUCGUAAACUUGGCAACUACUAGCCCACUUCUCUGCAUUCGGCUGUGAAGACAUGCUGAACGCUGAACUCCCCCUACUCCCUCUACCGCACCGGAUGCCACAGUACAUUUUCGACGUAAAAAAAUAAAAUAAAAUUACCCCUUUUGACUGUGCAACGUGACUUACCCCUCUCAGGUUCAAAACGAAAUAAUUUUUGUGAAUUGAAUUGUAGGAAAGUAAAGAAUUCGCGAGGUGGGUAAGUUUUACAUUUGCUGCCUGUAUUGACUAGACCAAUUCAUGUUAAGACCAGAAGAUGGAGUUGUUUUUCUUGAAUGUGUUCAGAACAAUAUUUUAUACUAGAAAUAUUUGAUGUAUUCACUCAAAACUGAAAUUCUUCCACCAUUCAGAUCAUUCUGCCUGUUAUAUUCAAUGGAAAAAAGAGCGUCUUUGUUUGGAGCAACAUGUGGGCAUAGGCUACUUCAGGAAGGACUGAAAUUUCAUGCUGCCUCCCAAUUUUCUCGGCUGGCCAAACCGUGGACAUAAAUGCCUAGAACAGAGAAGACCAAUGUGAUGCAUCUGCACGAGAGGAAAAUCACUCGACUAAGAUGGGUAAUAAGCAAACGAUAUUUACUGAUGAACAGCUAGACGCCUAUCAGCUUGCAUGGAAGAUACCAUGAGCUGGCUCCACAUUUGGUUCCAAUGGACUACACCAACGACCCUGAUGUUAAAAUCCCUUUAGCUCUCAUAGUCAACAUGCCGGAACUGAAGGAGAAUCCAUUCAGGGAUCGGAUUGUGGAAUCGUUCUCUGAAGACGGCCAUGGGAACCUCAGCUUCAACGACUUUGUGGACAUGUUUUCAGUUCUCAGCGAAAUGGCUCCCAGAGAACUGAAAGCCAUUUAUGCUUUUAAAAUAUACGACUUCAAUGUGGAUAAUUACAUCUGCAAGGAGGAUUUGGAAAAGACUCUAAACAAGUUAACGAAGGAGGAGCUAACACCAGAGGAGGUUAAUCUGGUGUGUGAGAAGGCCAUUGAGGAGGCCGACCUGGAUGGAGACAACAAGCUCUCCUUUGCCGACUUUGAGAACAUGAUCUCCAGGGCUCCUGACUUUUUAAGCACCUUCCAUAUACGAAUCUAAAAUGGCUUCAGUGGAAGACACCAAUGCUGAGGGUUCCUUGAACAGACAAGUCCACAUCGGAGGAUAAAUGUCUACUGUUGUUUUCCUUUCAUUUUUGGAAGCACACUUGACAGGAUUACUGACCAAUGCAUGGCUGUUUCAUUACCAAUGAAAAGUUUGGAUCAGAAAUCCCUUGUGUUUUCAGAGAAAGGAAAUGGAAAGUUGAGGCCUUUUGGGGGUUUGACCCACACCUUGUCUUGGAGUAAAACUAAUGUGGAUGUAAACCACUUUUAUGGGCUUCUACCAAUGUCCGUGGCACAUUGGAUACAAAUUUAACUCACUCUCCCACUUCAAAUAAUCAUGGGACAGUUCAAAUAAAUCAUGGGACAGUUUUCAUUCGGGAAGGGACAAACAAACUGGACAAGAGAGUGAGUGAGAGGGCUACAAGCACAUUAUUGGCAUCAGCGCCACCGAGACAGUGUUUUCUACAGCUAUGCAAUCUUUCUCCAUAAAAUGCAUGAAUUAGAUUCCGUUCCCUACCUUUUCCCGUUCCCUAAUGUCCCUACAGCUUUGCCAUUUCACAAUCUAAUUGCUUAUAGAACUGGAGCAUGACGACAAUCAUAUCUAAAUGUUCUCCAGUUGAAUGAAGGGCUCUGUCAUCAUAUAUUCUCUAAUUGUCUUCUCUGUCAUUCGCUCUCCAUGUAUUUGUUCUGCCCGCAGAUCCCUUUAUCCCUUCUGUCCUAACUUGAGGUGUUAGUGUCAAACUGUCUCUUACCUUUUUUCAGUAUUUGAUGUGAUAGAGGGCAUUUGACUUAACUUUUAA